AUGUCCCACUGUAAUCUAAGAGACCACCAUUGCUGUUGUUGUAAUAGAUGGUACAUUGGCUUAAAAAAAAAAGGCGAAAACUGGACUUGGGUGAAUAGAAAACUGCUGAACAUGUCUAAAUGGGCAGAAGAGCGACAAAGUAGGGGAGCUGUGGCUCACAUAUGCAAGCAGUCUGUUAAUGGCGACCAGGGCCUAUUUUAUAACAUCCAUGGCUCUAGGAACUUGGCUUAUAUUUGCGAAAUUCCAAAAGGUAAGACAAAAUUACUCUUUAUUUUUAAAACUGAACUAAGUAAAAGGCACGCCAAGAGCUCAAGAGUAAUGCGAAUGUUAUCUAUGUGUUCACGUUCGGUACACUUACCACUGCUAUCAUAGUGGAACUUAUAGAGGUUCUGACAUUCAGGAUAAUUCGAAGAACAACUUUGAUUGUAACUAGUCGAGUUAAACAACAACUUUGAAAGUGAUUGUCUCAUCGAACUGUCCGACAACAACUUGGCAUGUAACAUAGCAACUUCGAAUUUGUAGAAGAUAGGAGCUUUUUAAAACCAACAACAAUCGAGAAAAUUAUAACUUCUGUGAUUUUAUGAGUAACAGCAGUUGUGAAAACUUUCAAUCAUCAGCUAUUUUAGUUUCCUUGAUUUUCUUUAUUUGAUUGAACAAAAUGAAGGUCACCAUCGGCUGCAAAAAAUCGUCACUCCAAUUGGUCUGGUUAAAAGUUAUCCUUAGUGAUUCAUUAUUAUAAAUUGCUUUAUCUUAGAUCCAUUAUUAUAAAUUGCUUUAUCUUAAUAGAAGGGCUUGUGAUUCAUUUUUAUAGAGAUACAUGACAACUUAUUAUUACAAUCGUAUUAUAAAACAAACACCAACUACAAGCAGACUCAACCUAUCUUUACAUUUUCCUUAGUUAAAAUCUGAUCAUUAGAACCACGAAGUUAUAGGUGCUGAUUUCAAUGCAAUGCGAAAUAUUCAGAGUACAGGAUAAACCUAAUAUUAUGAUAUUAUUUAUCCACUGAUAAAGUAAACAGAGAAAGCGAUUCAAUUAUUUGCCGCCUUAUCCGAGUUAAAGAGUCAUAUGUAAGAUGCAUGAAGACAGUUUUAGAGAUAAAAUUGAACUUAAUUAUUCCAAUGAAUAUAAAUUGAAUUUUUAAAUGUAAUAUAGAAAACAGUAUGGAAAAAAAGUUGUUGAUGAGAGCAUUUCGUUAGUAAAGUUUUUUUUAUCUUUGGCGUUAAUUGCACCAGUGUCAGCUAAACCACCAGUGUCCUCACCGACAGCUGCGGACAAAUCUUUACCAUCUGAAUCUAUACGGCCACAACCCACUCCAUCGCCCACACUAUGGUUAUCAUUGUUGCCAUUGCGUUCGCCGUCACCAUCAGCGUCAUUGUCUAUGUCGCAGUCGCCAUCGCAGUUGGUUCCGCAGUUGUUUUCUUCAUCAGUGUCUCAUCCUCCAUUUCAUUUGCUGUCUCAGUCGCAGUUUACGUCGUUGUUGCAAUCAAUUGCCCAAUUGCCUUCCCAAUCGCCUUCUCAGUCAUCGCCCCUAUUGCCCUCACAGUUGGCGUCACAUUCGCCGUGUCAGUUGUACUCGCUAUCUUUUUGGCUAUCAACGUCCCAGACGCCUUUUCAGUUACUGUCGCAGUCAGCAUUGCAGUGGACGUUUCAGUCAACUGCAGUCGCAUCUUCACCAUCCGGAUCCAUAAAGUUACGUUCCACUCCAUCGCUACCUGUGUGGUCAUUAUCCUCGACAUUGUUUUCGCUGUCACAAUCACCGUCCCUGUCGGUGUCUCAAUCACCUUUUUCACAGUCACCUAAGUCACGGUCUCAGUUGUCUUCGUUACAGUCACCUUUUGACUUGCCUUCGUCCGCGCUUUUGCCAUCGCAGUCAUUGUUACCAUCGACAUCAUCAUCGCCGCUGCAGUCGAAAAUGAUUCAAAAGCUGGUGUGUAUUUUUUUUUUGUUUUGUUUUUGCUUUGCUUGUUUGUUUUUUUUUUACUUUGAGGAUCCUCAUACUCUAUAAUUAUAAUUGUUAUUUUUCUUACCUCAGGCGGCUGAAUAUGUUUCUAAACUUCGCAGAAUGGAUAUCACCAACGCCAGUUCCUUGCAGGUAUUUCAUUCUACUAAUUUCUACAUGCAGUUAUGCAACUGAUGCUCCAGUCAGUGUGUUUCAAAUGUUCGAACGGAAUCCGCAAAUAUGAAUUUUUAUCACGCGUGUAAUAAUAUACAUGAAAAAAUUACUCAGUUCUGAUUGGUUAAGAUAAAUGCAGUUUUCAGGUAAAUCAGUGCAGAAGAGGGUUAAUUCAGUGCAGAAUAGGGUUAAUUCAGUGCAGAAUAGGGUUAAUUCAGUGCAGAAUAGGGUUAAUUCAGUGCAGAAUAGGGUUAAUUCAGUGCAAAGAAGUAACAAACCAGACAUUCUGAUUGGUCAAUAAUCAAAGAAACUCACAGAUAGCCAAUAAAGUGCGAGCCUUGAAUGUCACAACAUUUGCUGAAAAUUUGCGGGCAAAACAAUGGCCGGUUUAUCAAAUGGGCUUUUUUCGCCACCGCAACAACAAUACAGCGGCUGAAAAACAGCUCGGCUAACAACGAAAAUACCGUAAAAAGUAAUUCCUUUUGUGUUGUCGACUUGGAAAUAGUGGUGUUUACGGAAGGAAAUUGCCAAGUAAAUCGAAAAUUGCAAGCCAAACCAACUUUAUUCGAGCGAUUCUAUGCCGAAAUUAAAAGUAAACAUGGUUAAACCUCGAAACGACGAUUCCAUUCAUAGAAAGUGAUUCGGACACAUACUGAACAAUUAUCGAAAUUAUCGUUAUCAGAAUUAUUAUCAGUAUCAUUUUUAUUUGUUUUUUAAUUAUUAGACAAUACCUGAAUAAUUGAUCCGCCAAGUAAAAAUAUUUUGAUUUCCUGGGCGAGUCUAUCUUUAACCUGUGCACAUACAUUUGUACCCGAUAUUGGUUGGCUCUCUCGCUGGAGUAUUUUCUCGUUUAUUUGACAUGAUUCUUUUUAUUUUCUUAAAAAAAUGCACAGCACCUUGCGGGAACAAAAAUAUUUCAUGUCAUUACAGGAAGCCAUAGUGGUUUUGGAAGUAUUCAUCACAAGUAUUAAAAACAUCACAAGAGCUCGUGACCGCGCGCUUGUAACAGAAGAGAUCGAGAUAAAGAGAGAAUUCACUUUUAACGUGGCAGUCGCCUUUGAGGAAUUUGCUCUUAAUUACAGCAAGCUCCACCUGAUUGGAACGAGGUCCUCACAAGUGAUCGACAACCACAUAAUGGGUGAGUCUGAACACAAUAUGGUCUCUAGGCCUUGAUGAUGUAGUAAAUUUGUACACGUUACUGAAUGGGAAGCAUUAUUUCUGGAUCAAAUCGACUCCUCCGGUCCUCCCAUUGACUAUUUGUGUUUAUCAAUCGUGAUGGAAUUGAAUAAUUAUAUCCAGCGAUUUUAUCGAUGAUUUUACAAUCUUUUAAGGAUUGCAUUUGUUGUGAGGUAAAGUAAAGAAAAGCGUUAAUGCAACCAUGAUAUAUAGACUGUAUUUUCAGUCCAACAUGAGUCGUGAAAUUAUUAAUACCAUCACCUGGUGUUUUCUUCGUUAGUGCUGGGUAUUCAAAAAACCUACUAUCAAAAUGCAGGUGACUUCUACCUUGAGGAUCAAGAAUUGCAAGCAAGCAUAAAUGUUUUGUCUGCAAAUUUUGCAAAAUCCGGUUGGUAUCGACAGCAGUGUUUACUCCUUAAUGGAUAAGUACAGUUCCCUUUAUUUGCCUUACAAAUUUACGCGGUGUUGAAGUACAUCUGCACAUAUACAUAGUCCUGAAUUUGUUUGUUUACAAAGUCUAUCAAUUCAGUUAUCUGAAAUUUCUUGGAAGAACAUGUUUAAUCCCGACUUUUUUUUAACUUUUCAAUUUUUUCCUCCUUUUUUUUUAGUUUCUCUGGUUGUUGGGAUUGUGUAUAAGGAUCUCCACGAACUACUGGACCUAGAUCAACCGAUCAGGAAUGAAGACACACGGUGAAUUUUAAUUUCUCUAAAAUCUUAAAUUGUAUCUUCCGCAUUCAACCAAGAAAGUUUUUUAAACUUUUCAAAGCCCUAUUUCGUGGUCCCUGUGUAAAUCAAUGAUUACUUUCGGUGUCAAAGAAAUCAGCUUUAAAGUAACACAGUUAGAGCUCCUUGGCUACCAUGGUUACCAUCUCGUUAAAAAUUAUAUGAUUCAAAUUGUACAAAAUUAUUAUUUUCUUUUCUUUUUUGCUAGGCAUUUGAACUCCAGGAUAAUGGGCGUGGCUAUGGAUCCAAAACCAAACAAACUAGAAGCGAAUGUCAUAUUAAAGUUCAGAAACCUGAGGGUAACAACACGAUCAAAAUUGGUAUCAAUUGGGCCACACUUUGUUUAUUUAUUCUAACGAGAUAAUACACGUUUUCAGGUUGAUGAAAGAAAAAAGGCUGGUGUGUUUUGGAAGGGCUUUAACAGAAGGUAACAAGCUGAAAUAUAUUACUUACCUUGUUCUAGAAGUUAUGCACGCCGGGCUUACGUAAUCUUUGUUAACCGUUAUGAAGUUUUGUCUGUGAAGGAAACACCAAUUAGCUUUUGCAGCGGAAAAGACCAAAAAAAAAAAAAAACAACAACAACAACGUUCGAGUGGGAAAGCUCCUCACUUGAAUAUGAUACCAAUGUGACUUUCCUUAAAGUUCUCGAAUAUCCGUCAUUGUCAAUUUGUUACUUUCUGGUUUGAAGCCAUUUUUUUUUAUGCAUUUUAUUCGUUUUCACUUCCGAUUGUCGCCUUUUUUCGCUUCUCUCGUCGUCGUCUUACGUAGUGUUGCUGACAGAAUCGUUUUGUUUACCGUAAAAGUAAAAGUUCACCUUUGAUUUUUUUGUUUUUUCCGUUUUCCAAUUUUCUUUUUCACAUAAGGUAAGAUUCAGUUGUGUUUUACUAGCCUGGGGUCAAUAUACCCUUUCAUCUCAGUGUAACAAUUAGAAUAUCAAAACCGACUCUAUGAGUAGCAUAUCAAACAGGGGAGGUAGAUCAAGUGAAUUGUGGAGACUUUAGAAUCACUGAGCUUUGGAUGGUUAAGAACUGAUAUUUGGCCAAUUGUUCAUCUAAAGAUUAGAGAGCGAUUGAAAAGGAGGAUGAACGCAAUUUUUCCAUCUUCCGAAGUUGGAAACUCUGCAAGGAAGAGCUCACGAGUUAACGCAAGUGAUGCCGGGAAAAUGCGGGCAGUCGAAAUGCAGUCUUUCGAUACAUAAAUAGCACUGCGCCUCGGUGAAGCUAGUCAAUCAUCUUUUAGCGAUUUGCAAUCACUUAGCAUGACCUUCCCUCAGUAAUUCCUCAUUAGAACCUGGUUAGUAUCGUAGUAUCAGUAAGGAAGGGGGAUUAGGAUUUUUGGUUUUGCGGUGUUCGUCAUCUUUUUAGAUCGGUUUUUCGGUUUUGUGCCAAACAAACUUCGGUUUUACAGUUUUGGUGUUUAUUGUGGUUCGCAGAUUUCCGAGUUUUGGCACUUGGUUUUCGAUUUUCGUCAAAAAUACUAAUGGGUUUUCAGAUUUGGAGUCCGAAGUAGUUUUGGCUUUUCCUAUUUGGGUUCCAAUUCCUCUUUGAUCUGAGCGGCAAUCUUUUUGCCUCCAUAGCUGUGAGACCUCUUUGUGCUCCAUCUGUCAUCUUUAUUGGAUCGAUUAGGGUUUUCACAACUAGGAUGUGAAAAAUCGGUUUAGACGGUUUUGGAUGCGAUUUUCGGCUUUAAGCGAAUUUUUGUCGCGGUUUUAAAUGUAUUUUUUUUUCAGUUCUGCGGUUUCGUAAUGCUAUUAGCUGUUGACUUUAAUUGAUGCCCCCUGGUAAAUCAUGGGUCUAUCCCCCUUCACUAGUACAUGCAUGGACCCUCGUUUUAAUGGGACGGAUAAAAUGAUAUAAAUCUCACUCGGUUUGUCGCCCUUCUUAAGAUAUUUCUGCUUAAUGUUAAUACUUGUAGAAGAGCUUUACAUUCCAAGCCAUUGAAGUUAGUCAACUGCAAUGUUUGUACUUUAUUGUUAAGUUUAAGGUUCGCCCUAAAAUUAAAAGAAAAAAACUGUGUAAAAGCUUGAUUACCUAUAAAUUGUGUUAAACAUACAAAUCAACGAUUUCAACGUCUUUUCUUUAAUCUGUUUUCGUGUUCCAUAUAGUAAGUCAGAUACGUAAUCAAAUUGAAUGUGACACAAUAUAGUUGCUCCUAUAGCAAUAAUGGAUAAAUAAACAAAUGUAUAAUAAAUACAUAUUCACCUAUCUAGUCAUCAUUAUUAUUUUUUAAAGCCCCAUUUUUUUUCCUUUUUUUUUUUUUGUAUUCAUGUCAGGAAAUGACGAAUGUUCUCAAAUUUCUCAGAGUCGAAAUGUUUGAUCAAGUGUAUUGCUUGAAAUGUUGGAAUGAAAACUAGUUGGAGAAAAAGUCGGUAUCGAUAGAUACAACAUGAAUGCAUAUACACAAGUGGCAACUCUUACAGCGAUUUUUGCAUUUGCUACUUCUUGUUUAUCACCGAAACACCUUUGAGGAAAUAUAAACUAUCAGGAAUAUACAAAUGAAGUCACGUCUAUUUUGCUUAAUUUUGUCCCCAAGGGGAGGGGGGGGAGGAGGAGGUUUGGAUACCUUAUUUUAAAUGCAAAACCAAGUAAGUUGCAAGGCUGGUAUGCAUUUCAGGAUCUUGGACAUACAAUUCAUAUAGGAUCAUGUACUCCUGUUAUACGUAUCCUUUCCUGUAGGUUCGAAUAUUUUCCGAAAAGAAAAUUCCGUGUAGGGCGGAAAUAAUUUUUCAGGGUUUGAUAUCAUGAUAAGGGUAUUUCAAGCGUAAUGCUACUGGCGAGUUAAGGUUUAUCGGCGCGAGAAAAGCACUGCACUGAAGAAGUUUGUCCCAAAAACACUCGUGUAUAUCAAGAAACAAACGUAGUAGUUCUCCAAUUUCAUGACUUUAUAAUUCUUUUUGGUUUAGAUCCUUAUAAGCGCGCUGCUAUUUGAUUUCUACUUUCAAUAUAAAUUGUAGUACCCACUGUGACUUUCUCAGUACAUCAUUUUUAAUUUACAAAAUUUUGGUCUCGUUUUAAAUUAUUCGUUUUUAUUGCUUUUUCUAACUUUUUAAGUUUGAACUUAAAUGGGCUGUCAGGGGCAAGUUUCUAAUGGCAGAAAAAACUUAUGCCCAUUUUAAAUUUGCUUUAGGCAAAAAAAGUUAGUAUAAUAGGAAUGACAUGUAAAUAAGAGAGCCGUUAGAAGAGAGAUUAAAGAGUUUACGGCAAAACUGCGAUAGAUUUCAAAAAGUAACCCCGACGCUUAAAAUGGUAGUUCUUAAGAAAUGUCUGAAAUUAGUCAUUUCCUUCUAUUCAAGAACAAAUAGAAAAUGUUUGUUCUGACUUCAGAUGACAUUGUGGUGUAACUGCGAAAUGAAAUGCCGGACGUUCACACUGUACAUGUCAGCCAGUUCUAAAUCGAGAAAAAUAUAUUGCAUUUUAAAAGCUUAACUGUCGCUAAAAAUUAACAAAAUACAAGCUGAAAUCAUCCAUUUACUGGAUACCGGUCUAUCAAGCACUCACGAGCAAUAAUUUUACACAACGAUAUAGAAGAUAAUGGACAAACCAUUAUACCGACUGUAAUAUAGUACACUCUAUCAUAUAGCGAGUGCAUCAUCCGGCUUAAGUUGGCUUUUUUAGCCGCGGGGAAAUUAUUUCUCGAAGAAAUGAACAUUCUUCAAUCAUCGACUACGAACGCAUUGUUGAUAAGAUUUAUGGGUGAGUAUCAACUUUAUUUAUGUUCAUUUAUUCUUGCUACAGUAAGUCGUCGUAUCUCCCUACGAUAGUUUAUCUAGAGAAAGGCUUGAUGAACUUCUAACUUCUGAUUCAGUUCUUGUGUCGGAUCCCAAAAGGAAAAAAAAAACCAAGAAAAAGUUAAAUUCACUGUUUGUUUGGUGUACGUUCGUUUAUUUCAAUGUCCUCCUAAAAUCAAUGAACACCCAAAUUGCAAAUAGAUAAACGUUAUGACUGUUCUGAUAAAAAAUAAAAUAAAUAAAUGAAAAAAAAAAAAAAUUUAAAAAAUCGUAAAUUUUUUAGGUCAAAGAUACAAACAGGAGUUGAGUGUUUUGGAAAGCAUUUCGGAACCAAACGUAAGAAUUAGUAAUUUUCUUUAUGAGUUUACUGGUAUUUAUGAUUGGAAGAGACCUUCUAAUAUUUAUUUUUGAAGGAAAUCAGCAAUAGGGAUCAGUAGCUUUCGUCUUCCCAUAUACAGUAUAAAACGCCAAAAUUGCAAUUCUAUUCCAGCCAUCGACAUUUGUAGACAUGUUCGUUUUCAUCGUAGGUGAUAUAUGGAUCUUAGGGCGUCAAUACUCGUAAUAAAUAUUCCUAUAAACCCAGCUCAAAAAAAGAAUCACAUGGCUAUAAGUUUAAGUGUAGCGACUCGGAAAAGGUGACACCUUUAAUGACUGACUAACCUAUGUUCGCGGUAUAAAUGUGUAAUCAUGAGUGACAUGUAUUAUUCUUGCUCCACGGAAGGGGACGCUUUUUCUAAGAUGGUGCUUCAUGCAUGCAGUGCACGCUUAUGGCAAAGAAUCACAUGAAUUCCCACUCUUGGUUUUUGAAAAUGAAAGGCAUAUGUGCUGGGAAGGAUUGUGAAAACAGGGUUUUGCCUUCACAAAUGAACGGACGGACGGACGGGGACAACUCUUAAAAACUCUUUCUGGGUAAAGGCAUUCCAUGGGGGCAGUCGCUGGCUGCGGGAAGGAACCGGAAUCUAUUACGGUUGCUGACUAUCCUUGAGAGAAUGACUAACGACAACAGGGUUGGCUCCAACGUAGAUUUAUUCUGCAAGCUCUAAUACAAUUUUGACCAGAACGGACCUGGCCAGGGCUGGUUCGACCCUGCUCUUCUCUUCUUCUCUUUUCUUCUCUUCCUUUUUUCUCCUUUAAGCUUUACAGAACAGUCCUAUUUAAGCCUAACGUACAUGGAUAACGUAAUGCCAUGAAUAAUCUAAAGAAUCAUGUAAUCUACUACACUAUUGGCUAAGCAGGAAUUUCGCCUUUUACAACAUUAAUUACUUUCAAAGAGUUCCGGUGGAUAACAGUUACACAAAAGGACAUGACAGGUGGCUGUUACAGUUUAACACUAAUAACAACUGUUUACGGGUGGCUGAAGGAGAACUGGUAGCAUUUACGCUUUGCUGAACUAAGUUUUCUACGUUGAAUAUUGUAUUUUUAAGCGCAAGCACGAAAGAACUCGAUAACUAAAAAUCCUAUCGUUACAGGAUGAAAGUUGUAUCUGAGGCAGUUUAUUCGCAAAAUUUACAGCCAACCAAGUAUAGCCCUGGCUAACCACAGGCAAAGUGCAUUGGAAAAGCUAUUUCGUAAUGUCAUAGGCACGAACUCAGAUGCAACACAUGUAGUAAAUGGAUCUGCUUCAGAACUUUUGAGUUAAGCAAGGCUCUUCCUUCUGCCGAUCGCCUAUAUAGGACAUCUUCCAUUCAUAUUGGCAAGUUGUUGGCGUCUUUAAGCCGUAAUUCAUGUUUGUGUUGAUCACAAAAAUCAAGGUAAUUUCUCCCUCUGGCGAAGUGGCAAGUAGAUUAAAAAAAAAUUUACCAUGCAAUUCAGAAGCAGUAAACUGCUAUUAUAGUCAAACCUGUAUUAAACGAUCAUCCAAGGGGAAUGGAAUAUCAGAUUAGAGGAUUUAAGAUUCCAGACCAAGAAAAAUAUGAAUAUAGCUCAUUUAAGAUAUGUGGGGUCUUUGACAGCGUAAACAGAGUCCACUUUUAUUGAUAAAUGCACCACGCAGAAACGAUUUACAAUUAUUUGACGUUUUAGGCCGCUGGUAAGGCCUAAAAUAUUACUGAAAACAGUAAUUUUUUUUUUUUUUACGAUGCAUUGAAACACGUGGGAGUAUAUUAGGUAUUGAUCACUCUAUUUCAAAAGGCUCGUUUUGAAAGUACAGCUUGUUGGAUUUGUUUUUGUUCGUCUGAAUUUACUACGUGGACUGAGUUAAUUUCAAUAAGAUUCCUUUUAAUGCAUGAUGAUUAGCCUCAAAGAAGUGGCGUUUUAGGCAAGGCACACCUGCUCUAAUGAGUCUAUUCAACUGCAAGCCGUAGGGUUUUAAAACACUUGCGUGGAGCGAUAAGGCCAAAAAAUACUGUGAUCAAUAGACUCCAUUAGAAACUCCUUUAUAUAAGCUUCGCUGAGCAUCGUACGUAGAAAAUAGGAAAAGUAUAAUAUCACGAAAUUUUAUCCUUCACCAGAUAGUCUGACUUCACAAUUUACCGUUUGGACUGUGCAUUUUAGCCAUGAAUGAAGUGUCUAUUUGUAUGUCUUGUGAAAGUGAUGAACACAAAAAAUGCUGAAAAUUAAAAAAAAAAAACCCAAAAAAAACAACUAAACUAACGUAAGGCUUCAUUGUUCGACAAAUGAUUUAUAUUAUGGUUGUGGCCUUGUAUCCUUGGUGAGGCUGUUUUUAAAUUUUUAGUAGAAGUCAUCAAAUCAAUAGUCGCGUAUUGAAAUAUUUUGUUUCUAUAUUGAUAAAAAUGAUCGGAGUUAGGUUUUCCCGUGCGUAUGAAUCCUCCAUCUCUGAUUAACGUGGACAAUUGGGUAAAUGCGCUCUCGCGGUUUGAAGAUGUUGAUGUUCCAAAUCUGCCACAUUAUUGAUGUUCUCUCUUCCACAUAAUACUACUUCAAUUGAUCGCUUCAGUUCUUUAAGUCUAAAUGUAGUCAAAAUAGGAUUUACUGCAGAAUUGACGUUCAGAAAUAUCUCGGAAGUUACUCUUAAAGUCAACAGCCAUUUCUGAUCGUGGCAGCUGUCGCAGUUUGCUUCAAUAAGAACAACGACGAAAUAGGGAACCAGACAAGUAAUCAGACAAAUUAAGAUUAAAAACGAAGUUGUGGCACAUCGAUGCUGUUUUUGGGUGUUUUUUAGUCUGCGUAUGUCGCUAAGUACUGGGUUUUCAGAGAUAGAUGACCGUCUUUGCAAAUCAACGCGAGAGCGGCUCUUUCGCAAAGUUAUGAAAAUCCCAGUAUAGGCCAUUGUAGUUACGACAAGAGGAAACGUCGUGUGUAAGUGAAUAUCGACUAAAACGUAAACAUCCCGAGACAAAUCAACGAGCUGAAGAGAGGCGAAUAUGCUAGAGAAAAGAACCAUGAUCGCUGUACAAAAGACGAGGUGUUUUGUUCUGACUUUACGAAGAUAGAAAUAAGGACAAACAACAGAAACGAAACGAUCGACCGACAUGGCUGUAACGAGCAAAAUUGAGCUGUUAACUCCAAUGUAUCCCAUUAUUCUGGGGAAAUCUCCCUCCGUAGGUGAAAAAUGUUCUCCAAAUGUACACCUAAGCCUCAUAACAGCCUCUGCUGGGCAAACAGCAAUGCCAACGAACAGAUCCAUCGCAGCGAUAAAUAUCAAAAACACGGAAAAUGUUUUUCUGAAGCGACGAAGGGGGUCUCUGUAUAAUGCCACCAAAGUCACACCAUUAAGAACUGAUAUAAGAAAUGAAAGUAGGGAAAAAGAUAUUCCACUCGCGAGACAAAUAGACUUCUCAAAAUCUCGCUCCAUGACGAUAAGCGUAUAACAGUUCUGUGACAAAAGGCAGAAUAUUGUUUGUUCAAUGUAAGACGUCUUCAGGGAGGUAAAUUACUCAGAAAAAAAAGAGUUAAUUAGAACUUUUCAAUGGUUUGUGCAUAAUGAUUAUCUUAUAUACGCCACUAAUGCACUACCUGAAUUUGAAUAACAUUCUUUGUAAUCAACAAAAGCCAAUUGCUUUAAAGAAUCUGAAUUUGAAACUAAUGCCCUCUAGAGCAUGGAGUGCGAUGUUGCGAUAUUAUGUAAUGGAAAAGGUUGGCUUAAGUAGCUUCAGAGAGGAGAUUUUAAGCAAACAAAGCAUUUAUUAGUUAAAAAAUGAUUAAAAAAGGCCAUGAAUGAGAGUGGUAAUGAUAAUAAGAAACUAAAUGAAACAAGUAAUACGAAACGUGCUUUCCCUUUUCAAUUUACAUACGUUCAAUAGCAAACGUCGGUUCAUUUGCUUUUUUCUUCAAUAUUAUGACAUGGAGAAAAACAAAAAUAGUCUUUCAGUGAAUUAAAUGCGGGUUUAAAAAAGUAUUACGCUCAGAUAAAGUUAAGAAGACAUACUGGACCUCUCAUUCAACGUUAGCUUUUAGAGUUUAUUUUUUUUUAAUCACGCCAAGAAAGACGAAACGUUUAAGAUUCGCUUUCAUCUCCAAGAAAAUCUCAAGCGUGUGGUAAGGGUGGAAGUAGAAGACUUCUCGAAUUUAAUGCUAAUUGCCUCAUAAGUUGCCUAGCUAUCUCAGAUUCAGAUAAAUAUAACUCAACAUGGAAAAAGAAAUCUGCUGCUCAGUGAUAUCAGUUCCGAUGUCAAACGGCAAUUUUGAAGAAAAAUUGUGCUACAUCAGCGAGAAAAUAUCUUGAUACCAAUAAAACAACAAGCAGAAAUACCAAUGAAACAUUUUUUAUUCAUGUUGUGAACUAAUCUUUAAGCAAAAAAAUUUGAAACUAUGCCAGUAUUUUUUUGCCAUUAAUUUGCGGUUCUUCUUUCUAGAAUAUUUUCCCCAUCAUAUUUGGAGACCCUGAGGGUAUACUCAAACAGGUAGUUAUUGACUCGUGGGCAAUUUUGGAGGGAACAGCUAAUCGAAAAACUAUUGUGAACUAGUAUGCGCAUGUUUGUUAAUAGAUUAGGAGAGAUGGUAAACUUUGAGCUCGGUAAAGAAAGAAAGAAAGAUUUUUUUGUCCUGUCACGAGCCUGGGACAAAGAAAAAAUUUUGAGUCCCCAUGAAGGAUCAAACCUUUAAAAAGCUCAGAACUUGCCAUCUCUCUUAUUGUAUUUAAAAACAUAACGCUAUCGACAUUGUUGAUCCUAUCUGUAUGCAGGACGCGUGUCAUAUGAAUUUCGUAAUAGACCUCGCUCACCGUGAAGUAUGUGUGGCUCAGUGACGAGGAAUCCGAAGGGGAUUCAGAAUUUUUUAUUUGUCCCACGCUCGUGAAAAGACGAACAAAUCUAUAUUUUUUCUCUGCCUUUGCAUGUUUAAGCAUAAAAUUAUCAUUAUUAUGAUAAGGUUGCAGCUAAUAAUCGUGAUGAAUACACUUGCACAAAAGAAGUUUUUUUUUCCAUUGCGUAGUCACUUUCGAUGUAAAUAACGACAUUUCGACUGUGUACUGCGAGUCUUCUUCAGGCAAUAAGGUCGACAGAGUUUUGCUUAAAUAGUUUUUUGAUCGUCGAAAACAUGCAGUCAAUAUGUUGUCGCAACGUCGCGAUCGACAUAAAAAAGUGAUCACCUUGUUAGACAAACAAUCAUACCUAGUAAACAAAUCCAUACCGUUUGCCGUAUUCUGUAUGACUCGUGCUCUGAUCCUCGUAAUCUAAAAUUAAGGAUUCAUCAUCGUUAAUCAAACGAUAAAAUGUCCAUGCAGCGAAGAAAUUCGUAUCUAGUACAGCAAAACAAAAAUUAUAUAAUAAAACUAUGCUAUCAUGCCUAUUAUCGCAUGAAAGAAGGUUUUGAUAUUGUCAAUAACACUUUGUGGUGCAUGGCAAAGACAGGUGUGAUAUACCGUACUGUUCUGCGCCAGUUUUUUAAUUAGCAUAACAGUCAAUUUCCCGCAUUGUAUACUUUCCAUUUACGGUUCGCUCUGGCACAAAACAACGCAAGGUCUAUCGUUUUUACAAAAUAGUGUUCUCUGAAAUGUUUCUGAGAAUGGAACUUUGCUCAGAUCUGCAGGAUAUACAAAUUGGAGAAAAUAGUCCUUUUCUUCUAACACGUUUCUAACACAGACGUAACUCUCAAAGAAUUAUAAAGACCAAAACUUGUCAAAUAUAGGCAACCACACAACUAUUAUUAACCCUCCUGAGUGAGUACCAAUGCUCCUUUAAAAACGUGACUUUCUGUACAGUAAGUAUAAUUACCAUGAGCAUAUCUCGAGACAUGACUCGAACCUAUGGUCCUCCUAAUAGCACGCGGAGAAAAAGAGGAGGCUAGACUGAUAGAGCCUGAGACGUUUUCUGAUUAUGUAGCUUGUUAUUCAUACUAAGGGAGAGUUCCUUGGUAAACAAGCGUACCAUACCAUUAUUGAACUCCUUAAUUACUUUAAGUCUGGCUAAACGCAAGGUCCUGCGUGUUGAUGUGAAACUCUUGCGCAAAUAUGCAAAUUGGGAAGGAGUAAUUUGAGCUUGAUUUUUGAGAUCAAAGCUAUGACAAUUCUGGAAUAGGUAAAUGAAUGGUUAACACCUAGCUCUCCACUCCCCCUGGUAAUGAACAUAUUGCUGAAGCAGUAGCCACCUAAAAACACCCUCCUCGGGCCUUCUUCUUGAAAGAAAUGCAGACUCUCUUCAUCUGUCUCCCGUCCACUUUUCAUCGAAAUCGCUAACAUAAACAUUAAUUCCGCAAUACUGGCGAGGAGAUAUAUCGCGGGGUUAUAUUUUGACGAUUUUAAAAGGCAAACAUGAAAAAGGGGCAUUGACUUUCGCGUCCUAGUAUUCUAAGGAAUAUGUACGAAGAGAGCGAAAUCUUUCUUUGCAAGUUAACGUCAUUUCAGAACAGAAGUUACAAAAUAGAAUUUACCAGUAUAACCAAAUAAUAAUUUGAGUCUUUGUCGAUGCGUAGAUAUCCUGUAGAUGUUGUUAUUGUAACGAGUUGAUCAGUUUAGUCAGCGACAUGAAUUUUCUUAAGGGAGCUAAUUUCGUGUCUUUCAAUUUAGCAUUGAUUUUCAUUCGCAGGUCUUUGAUUUGGCGAUUUUUUUUGCAAUCGCCCGGUACGCGGAAUUAAAGACCCACGAAUUUAGAUACCAAUAAGGUAGAUAUUUCUAUAAUGUUGUGUUGUGGAAAUGUCAAAGAUCAUUCGAUGUGGGAUCCAUCUAGGAGUUGUGCAUAGGUGUUGACUGGUUCAGUAAAAUUUGUGGGUCAACCUUAUUAUUUUCACCAUCGUGAUUAUUUGUCAGGCUUAGCGUUGGAUCAUCAGGAAUGCGACAGUAGUAACGACCCGUCUGCCAGACUGGCAGUUUAAACGAGCAGAUUUGCAAACAUGGGAACUAUACUUGUAUUCUAACAUUUAGUCAAGAGAGUGGUGCGCAAUCUUGUAAGGCAAAAAAAAUGUAAUCUAAGAUACAGCGGAAACAAUUCUUUUCAGCGCUGCAACAGAGAAGUUAAAAGAUGCAAAGUGGAAUACAACAAGGGAGACUGCGAUACGAAGAGAGUGAUCAGUAUUACGACGGAAAAGACGACUGCGAUUAAAUGCCAAUUCAAAGGGAUGAAUGAUGAUGUUCGAAACUCCGAAUUUUCAUUCAAGAUCAAAAACGUCUCAGUAACUUUUUUUUUCAGCCCACAAGGGUUUUCAAGAGACGGCUGUUAUGUAGAUCCACCAGAGAGCAACUCAGAAGACACAGUUUGCAGAUGCAAUCAUCUGACUCAUUUUUCUCUCUUAGCUGACUUCAGUUGUGGCCCAGAGGUAUUUUUUACUGUUGUUGUACUUUGCAUUUCGAUCAUAGGUGUGUUGGUUCAAUAAAUUCAUCGUUCAAUCUAACUUUGCGACAGCUCUCCUCCAAGGGCGUAACCAUCUUGGAGAUCAUCACAUAUGUGGGAUUAUGCCUUUCCAUCAUCGGAAUUCUUUCGACAAUAACUUUGUAUUUUUUUCCUCACGUGACUGCUAUUUCUAAUCAAUCAGCGGUGUAUUUUCUAGAACAGACAAUGUUAAAUAAAACCGGCGUUCAACAAAUUGUGAGCAACACCUACUACAGUAGACUGUCAACCAUCAUACACUUUCAGUCACUUUAAAAAAGUUCGAAAUAAAUAUAACAAUAAUUUAUGGACAAUAUUAUUUGCAAUUUCCAUACACUCAAUAUGUUGCAAAAUUUAUGAGUCAUUAUUGAUAUCACGUUUGGUUUUCAGGGCUUGUUUGUUUGUUGUUCUAAUGGUUACUUGAUUUGUUUGACCUUGCUCUUCGUUUGUGCUUCUACAGAUUUCUCGUACUUUUAUAUAAGUAUAUCAACAUCAAUACUUGCUUCACUUUCACCAGACAUAUUGGAAAACCUGUCUCAAAUACGACUAAGUCUCUUUGUAUCCCUUGGAGCUGAACAAAUAAUCUCUCUCGCUGGAAUAAACGCCACAGAAAAAACGGUGAGUGGCUCUUUACCAUUCGUGGAGUUCGUUCAAAGAAAACCUCCUUGAAUGAAAUGUAAAAAAAGUCUUUCCCCCUUACUUUUGAAGGCUGUUUGUGUCACAGUGGUAGCUCUAAUGCAUUAUUUCCUAAUGGUCGCUUUCUGUUGGAUGCUCGUCGAGGAAAUCCAUCUCUACCUGUUUGUUGUGAAAGUUUCCAACAUCAACACCAAGAUGCACAUGUAUCACGUCAUUUCAUGGGGUAUUUUGAUUUUUCAGUUGAGUUUAUCAUAUACUGUCAGGGAUUAUUUUGUUACCUUACUGUAUCAUGUUAUUAACUCUAAAUUUUCAUAAAAGGUUUCCCAGUCAUUAUGAUUGCCAUUUCACAGAGCAUCGCUCCUGAAAAAUAUGGGAUACAAAUCUUUACCAGCUAUAAUCGUUUUUGUUUACUUUGUUUGUUCACUUUUUGAAGUUUGUUUUGCUUUACUUUGAUUAUAUAUCCUACCCUUCCUUAUAACUUUCAUUAAUCUCCUUCUCACAAUCUUCAUCUUCUAAGGCCAGUCUGUGACCUACAGUUUCUUUCACUGAACGAAUGUUACUUUUGGAGGCAAAGCUGAUCGGGUAUAUUGUGAGACAUAAUUUUUCUCUUUUUAUUUUUGUUUUCCCCUUUUUUUCCCUUUAGCUGUUGGAUGUCGUCGACGUUAACUAACAAUUUGAUCUGGAUAUUUGUCGCAUUUGUGAUUAUGAUUGUAAGUUUCGCAUUAGGAUUAAUUUUUUGACAGCUUCUGCCGGAGAUUUUAACGAAAUCGUAUCCAAUUUUAAAUGAUCCUCUAAACGAUAUUUGA